AUUAAAAAGCUUUUCAUGGCUCCUAAGGCCAUGAAAGAAAACUCUUCUUCUUCUUCUUCUUCUUCUUCUUCUUCUUCUUCUUCUUCUCAACAAUGGAAAUAUGAUGUUUUUCUUAGCUUUAGGGGUGAAGAUACCCGUAAGAAUUUUAUCAGUCAUUUGUGUAAAGAGUUUCGUCAAAAAGGGGUCAUAAUAUUCAAGGAUGAUCGAGAACUUGAGAAAGGGGAAACUAUUUCUCAAGAACUCCUCAAAGCAAUUGAAAGCUCCAAAAUUUCUCUUGUCAUCUUUUCAAAAAAUUACGCUUCUUCAACAUGGUGUUUGGAUGAACUCGUAAAAAUUUUAGAAUGCAAGAACUCUGGCAACCAAAUAGUUUUGCCCAUUUUCUAUGAUGUGAAUCCAUCAGAAGUUCGAAAACAGAAUGGGAGUUUUGAAAAUGACUUUGAACAUUAUCAGCAGAACGACGAGAGGGUGCAACGGUGGAGACUUGCUAUGACUCAAGUGGCCAAUCUUUCUGGAUGGAAUUUACAAGGCAGGGAGGAAUCAGAGUUUAUUCAGGAUAUCACUAAAGAUGUACUUAACAAAUUGGAAAGAUUUAGUCAUAGCAUAGCCAAGGAUUUUGUUGGAAUGGAUUCACGAUUAGAGAAAAUGAGAUUGUGUAUCAAUAUAAAGGAGCUAAACAAUGUCAAAACGGUAGGUAUUUGUGGGAUGGGUGGCAUUGGAAAAACAACUAUUGCUAGUGUCACCUAUAAGGAAAUGCAAUGCCAAUUUGAGGGUAGUGCUUUUCUUGCGGAUGUUAGAGAAACUUCAAGAAAAUAUGGUUUGUUCACUUUACAAAGACGACUUUUAUGUGCAACAUUGAUGGAAAGAGACAUAGAUGUGUAUGAUGUAUACAAUGGAGUUUAUCACAUAAAAAAUAGGCUAUCUCGGAAGAAGGUUUUGGUCAUUCUUGAUGAUGUUGAUGAGUUGGAGCAAUUAGAAUUAUUAGUUGGAAAAAAAGAUGAAAACUGGUUUGGAGUUGGAAGUAGAAUCAUAAUAACAACAAGGGAUGAACAUUUGUUGAUCCAACAUGAAGUAGAUCAAAUAUAUAGGGUUGAAGAGUUAAAUCAUCAUGAAGCCCUUCAACUCUUUUGCUUGAAAGCCUUUAAGAAAGAUUGUCCGCCACAAGAUUACAUGGAGCUAUCCAACAAAGCUGUAAACUAUGCAGGAGGCCUCCCAUUAGCGCUUAAUGUUUUGGGUUCCUCCUUGUGUGCUCGGUCUAUGAAAGAAUGGAAUAGUGCAUUGAAGAGGUUGAAAGAAAUUCCCAAUGAAAAAAUUCUAAGUAAGCUUGAAAUAAGUUUUGAUGGAUUGGAGGAAAUACAAAAAAAAAUAUUUCUUGACAUCGCAUGCUUUUUCAAAGGAAAAUGAAACCUUAUGUGAUGA